ACGACGACGACACACCGGCACCGUCCACCUCGCCUCUCGACCCGGCCCACCCGCCCAGCACCAGCCCUCCCUCCACUUCUCCCACCUCCCUCCUCAUCUCGAUGAGCGCCGACUUCAGGGACGUGGACGCGGCCGCGGCGGCGCAGGAGGCGGGCGUGGAGGUGGACCGACCGGCGGCGGUGCAGGCGGGGGACGAGGUCCUGCGGGCGCCAGGGGCGAGGACCGGCCAAAGCGCGAGGCCAUUCUCGACCUCGCCAAGUACGUCGACAAGCAGAUCCGCGUCAAGUUCACCGGCGGUCGCGAGGUCGUCGGCGUCCUCAAAGGGUACGACCAGCUCCUCAACCUCGUCGUCGACGACAUCGAGGAGGCCCUCAACGAUCCUGCGACCGGCCUGCCGUUCGUGCCUGCACGCUCGCGCUCUCUCGGUCUCGCCGUCUUGCGCGGGACGAGUCUCGUCGUCAUCUCUCCUCUCGACGGGUCGGAGGAGAUCGCGAACCCGUUCGGAAACUGAGAAGGUUCAGUAGCACCAGGGCCAUGCGCAAUGAACUCAAACAAUGUCCUGCUCCUCCUCGAUCACUACUUUGAUCCCCUCCUUGACACCUACCUCGCGGCCGAUCUCGAAAGCUGGUACUUGACGAGGCGCAAGGCGGCAGUCGGCCGAGCGAGAGCCCCAUCGCGUCCAAGUGAAUGUCGGCCGAGCCCGAGACCGAGAGUGCUGCGACGUAUCUCCUGCUCGCAGGUGCAGAGCGCUGCAGAUGCGCUUGUACGCCGUGAUGGCCUCCGUGCCGAAGCCGAAAGCGGCGAAGAAGAUGAGCCCAACAAUAACGUUCGCCCACGAAGUAAAGUCGUGAGCCGGCUCGUCGCCGUACGUGACGGGACGUACAUGCCAGGCUGAAUGAGCAUAAGUCCACGAGUAGUCGUAGUAGCGGCCCGAGGACUGGAU